CCCAACACUCCCAUAAGACUUAGAGAUCAACCGGGCUUCCAACGGUAUAACGUCCGUUCAACACGACAAUCAAUAUUGUGCUUUUUGCAAAAUCGCUCCUUGCUUUAGUGUUAAAGAAGAUAGUUUUUGGAUGGAAGAUUUGAAUUAUACACCUCCCAAAAAGAGGAAGGAGAUUGGCAUUGAUUUGAACAAAAAGCCACGUAAACGACGACGACUUGGAUUUCGACCAAGGAUUUAUGAUGCUACCAAGCCCAAGAAAAUACCCACAAAGAAAGUUGUCAAAGCAAGAGUUCCCAGAUCAGAUAAGAAGCCAAAGUUGAGCUGCCCAAAGAAGCUUUCAGAAGAGAAUAGUAUUGGGGAAAUUGUUAGCGGAAAUGAUAGUACUGAGUUGGUUUUUGAUUCAAGCACUCCUAGCACUUGGGCGCUAGAACCAUUGUCUCUCCAUAGGCCAACAAGUGACAAAUUAAUUGAUAUUGAAGUAAGUUCUUGUAGAAGAGCCUUGAAUUUUGAUUUGGAAACUCCCAUUAAAGACGAGGAGGUUACAAAUAAUGGGAGAAUUGUGCAAAGAAUUACUCAUACGUAUCACCGGCGUAAGUCGAAAGGAUGCGGAGAGAUUUCUGUGUUCAAUAUGUUGAUCAACAUCUUAGGAUCAAAAGAUGAAGAUUUUGGCUCUUCUGCUGGGAUGAAAAAAGUGCUCGAAGAAUAUAAAGAAGAUAUGCAGUGUUGGAUUCCGCUUCUGGAAGGUUUUCCAAAGGGUUUGAAGAAAAUGAGAACAAAGCGCAAUAAAAGAUGCUUCCUUCCCAACUUGGCAAAGGCAGUAAAGUUGUAUAAUGGGUACAAGGUUCUUACUAAAAAGAGAUCAGAUAGACAACGAAGUUCUAUUUACAAACAUCCAGCACUACCAACAGUGGCGGGCAAGGUUAGAGGGAAAAAACCAAAAAGUCUAAAGAAAAUGAAUGAUCUGACAUCUGAGAUAAAUUUGGUUUCAUCGGCAUCCGAGCAAAAUCUGGUAUCUGAGAUCGAAACGGUUUCAAAUCUAACUUUGAAGAUCGAUGAAGCUGCAAAUUUGACUUCUGAGAUCGAUACAGUUUCUAUGGAUUUCCCGCCGCUUCUGAAUCUCUUUGAAGUUCCAAUAAUACCUACUGCAACAGCUCUUAGCUUACCAACCACUAAAAGUUUCAUCAUCUCUUCACAAGAAAAUAAGGAUCAAGUGGUGGUGGAUGAUAGACUUGUAACUUUUAACAACCAAAUUCAACAACACAAUAAUGUCAAGGAUGCAAAUUGGUUGGUGAUGCAACAACAGUAUGUUGAAGAUGCAAAUUCAGUGAUGGUGCAACAACCAUUUACUCAAUAUUGUGCAAAAGAAUAUUCCCCAAGAUCCGAGGUCGUGAGGGAAGAGACCGAUGUUGAGUUUAUUGUGAAAAAACUACAAUCCUUGCAUAUCAUGGAUAUAAAUAUGCAAGAUUUUUAUCAGAAGACUCAUUAUGAUUUGGUUCCAUAUCAAAAGACCCGAGAAUUGGUUCCUGUGAAGAUCAAACGUCGAAAAAAACGUAAACCGAUUCCCAAGGUCAACCUUGAUGAUGAGACAUUACGGGUGUGGGAUAUAUUGAUGGGCAAUAAUAAAAAUGCCCCCACAAGAGAAGAUGAUGAAGAAAAAGAAGAAUACUGGGAAAGAGAGAGACAGGUUUUUAGUAGACGUGUGGAUGCAUUCAUUUCUUGCAUGCAUCUGGUGCAAGGAAAUCGGAAAUUCUCAAGAUGGAAAGGGUCGGUGGUUGACUCUGUGGUUGGAGUGUAUCUAACUCAGAAUGUAUCUGACAAUCUUUCAAGCACUGCUUAUAUGUCGCUCGCUUCAAAAUUCCCUCUAAGUGAAUAUGACCAAAACAACAGUAAUAAUGGUGUUGAACACAUUGUAACUAGUCAAGAAUCAAGUGGAGACUACUUUGUUACAGAAGAGUUUACACUUAGUCAAGAAUCUACUGGAAGCAAUGAUGUGUUCGAGCGACUCACCAGUAGUGGAGUAGAUAAGACACAAGCGUCCAACAUUCAAGAGUAUGAUACCUAUCAAAUGAUUGAAGAAAAUAGAGGUACGUUCUCAAGGGAUGCAUCAGAAAAUAAAGUUUUAAACUAUAUGCAUGAUACUGGAGAAAUUUCUUAUAGUUGUUCAACCUAUAAUGAAGAUGAUUACAGCCUCAAAGAGAAAAAUGUAUCAUCAAGAAGUUUUGAUUCCAACAGCAAUCCUCAAACUAUCAAAGGGAAAUUAGCUACCAUGAAAGGUUGUCUUGAGGAAAAUAUGAUGGCAGAUUCAACAACUAACUCAAGGAAAAAGAAUAAGAAAUUAGAGAAGAAAGAAAUGGAUUGGGAUGAGUUCCGAGAAAAGUAUUCCACAAAUGAGCCGAGAACUAUUGAUACAAUGGAUUCUGUUAAUUGGGAUGAAGUUAGAUGUGCCCCAGUUGAAAAAAUUGCAAAAAGCAUUGCUAUGCGCGGCCAACAUAAUAUUCUUGCAGCAAAAAUUAAGGCUUUUCUUGAUCGUGUUGCUAAACAUUUUGGGAAUAUUGAUCUUGAAUGUCUACGGACAGCUCCGCCUGAUGUUGUAAAAGAUUUUCUAUUGAGCAUAGACGGGAUUGGGUUGAAAAGUGCUGAAUGUGUGCGACUUUUGGCACUUGAGCAUCACGCUUUUCCGGUUGACACGAAUGUUGGUCGUAUAGUCACACGUUUGGGAUGGGUCCCUUUGCAACCAUUACCUGGAAACCUUGAACUUGACCUUUUAACUCAGUACCCAUUGGUAGACGCAAUCCAAAAAUAUUUGUGGCCACGUCUGUGCCAUCUUCAUCAACGAAUUUUGUAUGUACUUCAUUAUCAAUUGAUUACUUUCGGGAAGGUGUUUUGUUCCAAGAGGAAUCCAAAAUGUGGAGAAUGCCCCAUGAGAUCAUCAUGUAGAUAUUAUGCUUGUAAAUUUGCAAGAAAAAACAUGUGUCUUCCAGCACCACACCCGAAAAGUACAGUCACAACAAAUAAUCCAUGUACGCCUGAUCAGCAUCAUGUAACAUUUCCAAAGAUUCCUCCACGUAAUAGGUCAUGUCCAAAAUUAGGUUUCAGUAGUACGAGUGCUGAGCCUAUUAUUGAAUACCCUGAAUCUCCAGAGCGAGAAUGCACUGAGAAGCUCGAAUCAAAUAAUGUAUAUGUCAAUUCUGACUCUACUAUUGUAGUUUCUCCACCCAAACAGUUAAAAAACAUGGAAACAACACUUGGAGAUAUUGAGGACAUGUGUCAUGGCAGUGAUAAUGUUGAUGAUGAAGAUAUACCCACGAUCACUCUUGAUACUGAAGAAUUCAAAGCAACUGUGUUACAAGUAUUGAGGGAUAAGGGUAUGCAUGAUUUAUCAAAAGCAUUGGUUCCCAUUACUUUGAAAGAUUCAAGUCCCACUCGGUUGAAGAUUAAAAGCCGGUUAUGGACGGGUCUCCAAGUGUGA